GGAAAAUUAAUCGAACACCUUAGUUCAAAUAAGUUACUUAAACAUAAAAGUUCGACAAUUUGUAAUAGCUGAAACGGUUAGCUCUUAUCAGAAAUCGUUGUUAUAAUGAUAUCUAAAAAAAUAUCAAUUUUCCUGUUGUUACUAACAACUUUUGUGGCGAUCGAAGCACAGAAAAAUCUGGACAUAAAUCUCCAAUAUCAAUGGAAAUAUUUGGAAUUUCAAUUUCCGAGCGCAGCUGUUAGAGAUUCGGCAAUAAGAAAUGGGCAAUACAUACAAGGCAAUUCAUUUCCCAUCGAUAUUGAUGUCUACUAUGGAGCUACACCACCCCUACUAUUUGUUACAAUGCCAAGAUUUUUCGAUGGGACUCCAUUUACUCUGGGAACAAUAACGGGUGCUAACGCUGCCGGUGGACCCGUUAUUGCACCAUUCCCUGAUUACAACUGGCAACAAACAGGAAAUUGUAACGGUUUUACAAAUGUUUUCCGAGUAUUCGUGGACAGCUAUCAAAGAUUGUGGGUAUUGGAUAGCGGUGUCAUCAAUGACAUACAAGUGUGCCCGGCAAAAUUAGUGAUGUUUGACUUAAGAUCAACGUCCAUUCCGCCAUUCGUUCAUAUAUUCCCUAAUUCAUUGUAUCGAACCAUGUCAUUGUUUAUUACACCUGUUGUAGAUGUUCGUAACGGUUACGAUUCAAUGGUUUACAUAGCCGAUGUAACCGGUUUUGGAAUCAUUGUGUUCGACUACAAGAACAAUAGAUCGUGGCGAACGGAAAGUCAAUCGACGCAUCUGAAACCACUUCAACAAUACAGCAACUUUGUGAUUGGUGGAGAAAGUUUCAAUCUUAUGGAUGGUGUAUUUGGCCUAGCUUUGUCACCAAAAACUUAUACCAACCGGCAGUUAUUCUUCCAUUCUCUUGCCAGUGCAGCUGAAAGCAGAAUUCCAUUGAGCGUAUUGGACAAUGUGAACUAUUGGCCGGCGCAGAACCCAAUUACUAAUCCCAAUCAAUUUGUGCAAAUGGGACUCAGAGAAACUACACAGACUACGGUCCAGGCUAUGGAUAACAAUGGUAAUUUGUUUUUCGGCACAGUUUAUCCACCAGGUAUCGGAUGUUGGGACUCAAACACCUUAUACACCAAUGCCAAUUUGAGAUUAGUUGCGCGAAAUGAUGCCAAUUUACAAUUUAUCAGUGGUCUGAAAAUCGUUACGAAUAAAAGUGGUUAUCAAGAGCUAUGGGUAUUGAGUUGCCGAUUCCAGAAAAUUAUGGCCGGAACUCGACGACAAGAUCAAUAUAACUAUCGUGUUCAUAAGGUGCUAAUAAGUGACCUUCUUAAUGGAAGCACCAGAUGCAAUGGAAUAGCAAUGCCAAGAUGAAGAACUAGUUAAACUAUUUCAAAUUUGGAAAUGAAAGCAUUAAGAAAUCCAUCAAAUGAAUUCCAAUAAAUGGGUUUAAGACCUAGA